CGCAGAUCGCGCGCACACGUUUUUUUUUCUUCCUGCCGCGUUGCUAGUUGCUACAGCCUUCUGCUCUCUUGGUCUCCGUGGUUUUCUCUGUGUCAUCCCUUCGGCGCGUCGCGUUUCUGCUGCUGGCCUAGCUUGAUCGCUCGCGUUCGAUCGGUCGAGCUAGCUCCAGGAGUUUCGGACGCCAACGACAUGAAUCUGGAAGCAGUGGCGGCGUCCAAGUCCGGCAGCAGCACGGUGGCCUUCUCUUGGGAGCACGAGCCCGGAGUGUCCAAACAGAGCCACUUGGGGGCCAACAAGCCCACCACCGCCGGCGGCGCGCCCCGCGCGGAGGCUGUAAGCAGGAGGACGCCGGCGAGCGCUAAGAAGCAGGCUCCUGCGCCUGCGCCUGCGACGACGCACCGGCACCGCCUGCGCGUGCCGCCACCUCCAGGAGUGCCGAGCGCGCCGGGCGCCUCGCCCCCAAUGACGAGAAGGCCGAGGAGCCGCGGCGUCAGGCCGGCGGAGGACCCGUUCCUUGCAGCCUACCUGGCCUGCACGGAGGACGGCGCCCGCGGCAGGAGAGACGACAGGGGGGGCCAGAAGCUGGUUGGCUGGGCCGGGCUUAGGCUCGGCCUCGGUCUUGGGCUGCGUGGGCGCGGGCUCUCUUGCAAGAGCUCGUGUGGGGCCGUGGAGGAGUGCGUCGUCAGGCUUGCUAAGAUCCCUGGACUCCACGAGGAUUGAAUCUAUGUUUUUUUUUCUUUCCUUCUUUCCAAUUUCCAAGAAUCCAAAGAGACUAGCAAGACUAAGUACUAGUGGAGUAGUAAAGAAGAACGAGUAGUGCUGGCAUCCUUCAUUGUAAUUGUACACCGUAAGCUAAAGUUGCUGGUUAAUUACC